GAACUCUGUGUAAUGGCGGAGGGAAAAGGCUAUCCCAAUAACGCCCUUUUCAGACGACAUGAGCAGCUUGAGCGCUGGAAAGGCUCUGCGACCGAUCUAGAGCCUUCACAGCGUAAACGGCCGGAUGUAUCCGUGAAAUUUGCGGAUGGUUGUAUGUUCUUGGCAGCAUGUUCAAGUGCGGACAUAGACGAGGUAAAAAGUUUUCUGGAUCGAGGAGCCGAUAUCAACACCGCAAAUAUCGACGGUUUGACGGCUCUGCACCAGGCAUGCAUAGACCAGAAUAUGAACAUGGUACAGUUCCUGGUGGAGAACAAUGCUGAUGUGAACGUUUGUGACAAUGAAGGGUGGACACCUCUGCAUGCCACAGCCUCAUGUGGCUUCGCCGAGAUAGCAAGAUAUUUAAUUGAAUGUGGAGCGGAUGUGGCAUCGGUGAACAACGAUGGAGACUUGCCAAUUGAUAUCUGUGAAGACCAGAUCAUGGAAGAACUACUACAGGCAGAAAUGGAUAAACAAGGCAUUGAUGCAGAGGCUGCUCGCAAGGCUGAGGAAGAAAUGAUGCUAGCAGAUGCCAACCAGUGGUUAAACAAUCGUACUGUGAAGGAAAAGCCACAUGCCCAAACAGGGGCCACAGCUCUUCAUGUGGCUUCUGCAAAGGGCUACGUCAAUGUCAUGAAGGUGCUGAUCCAGGCUAAUGCUAACUUGAACGCUGCCGAUGCAGAUGGCUGGACACCGCUACAUGCUGCUGCUCAUUGGGGACAGGAGGAAGCCUGCAAACUGUUAGCAGAGUCGCUCUGUGACAUGGAAAUCAAGAACAAUGCCGGCCAAACUGCUUUCGAUGUUGCCGACCAGGAUGUCCAUAGUAUCUUGGAAGAGCUGAAAAAGAGACAAGCCACACUCAGAGAAAAAGCAGACAUUAGUGAUAUCAUCCAAACCAAGGGCCCUGGGAAGAGAAGAAGUUCAGUGACACGCAUGAGUGGUGGCCAAAAGCAAAACGUGAUGUUAAAAACGUCUGAACAGGAAAAAGCUGUAUUGGUGGCUGAAGAGAAGACAGGCAACAGCAGUUCAAGCUCAAGUGAAGGGGAAACUACGGAUUCAGAGACUGAUAAACAAAAUGCAAUUAACAAGAAGGAAAAACUAGAUCUAAAGGUAAACCAUCCGCAAGAGCCUGGGUCUGUGGUCACAGAAACCGCCAAGACAGACAUGACCAGAAUUGAGGAGUCGCCAGAGAGUUCAAAGUCUGAUUUGAAACCCCCCGAGGCCAAGGCCACAGUCUCGGAGGGGGUACCUUCACUGCUGUCCGAGUCCCCUGAAAGGCUGUCAGUUCGAUGGUCACUCCACAAAACGGGCAGCUCUAGCAUGCUCCCUGAUAACACCUACAGUGAGAUUAGUCCUCGGGGACGGGUGUUGCGCUCAGUCUCCAGUUCCAGAAUACCCCAUGAUAGUGUUAGAGAGCAGACAACUGGGAAAGAAACCGUCCUUUCGUCUACAGAAAAAACAGAUAUUCGAGAAAGGUCAGGCUUAUCGUCAGGGGUGUCAUUCCAGCCACGUGUGUAUAACUCCAGCUAUGUGCCAUAUUAUCGCAGAAAAAUCGAGGAAAAUAAAGCGAAAUUGGAAAAGGACAAACAGGAAGAGGUCCAGAACAAUGACAACACAGUCGCAGAGAGCAAGGAGCCAGCCAAGGAACCUGUCAAGGAGGAGUCACCGCCAAAAGACAAAGAGGAAACGAAAUCUCCAGAGAUUACCAGCAAUCUUUCAGAUGGGAACAAGAAGGAACCAACCACACCAACAAGAACGAUGGAUUCUACAGCAAAUGAUGAGGCUGAACUCAAGAGGAAAGCACGUGCCAAGAGAAGUCGAGAAACUCGUCGACCAACUCAGGGUGUUACAAGGGAUGACAUUGUGAAGGCAGAGGCGGUGCUGAGAGCAACGAGAGAGAAGGAGGAGGAGAAAACCCCGUCCUCAAUAGCCUUAACCACCACAACUACAACAACAGAUGCCACUAAGGAAGACAUCAUACGCAGGCCCAGAACUCUCGAGGAGAGAAAAGAAGAUGAAAGUCGUGGCAGUGUUCGUCGUUCUCGCAAUCCAGACCUCUCCAGCAGCACUUCUAGUAUACCUACCAGAACUUCAGAGUCUUCCACCAUUACACAACACACUCCAGUCACUAGGAAUUCCUUAAUGAACACAGUCAGUAAUAGUGAACCUUCUUUAACGGGCGACCCUGUUAACAUAACAAGAUCAGCAUCGUUACGAAGGUCACGUAAUUUAGAACCAGAAAAAGUGGAGGAGGAGAAGAAAGAGGAGAAAAAGGAAGAAAACAAAGAACAAACAAAAUUGAAAUCACGCAGGAGGCGAGAAAGACGACCUCCUACUGGUAUUAUAGACCUAAAUAACCCAAAUAAUGAAAGUAAAGAUGAAACAGAAGAGAAAAAAGAAGAGAAGAAAGAAGAAGAAAGCAAAGACGAAAGAACAGGCUUUUCAUCUAGGGGUACCGGUACAUCAUCUAGAUAUAAAUCAACCUCGUCAUUAGAUACAGAUUACAAGAAAAUGUACGAGGGUGAAAAAAUGGAAAACGAAAAACUAAAGAAAGAUUUAGCACAAACAAAGAGAGAUUUGGAACAAGCACAGAGGGAAUUGGAGCGGGCACUAAGAAAAAGAGACUCAGAUGUCAAGCAAGAGAAGAGGUCACUGGAGAGAAAGGUGUCAGAACUAGAGGAGGAACUUAAGCUUAUGGACAGGUUAAAAGCUGAAAAUGAAAAGUUAAAGGAUGAAAAUAGAGCGUUAACAAGGGUGGUGGCAAAACUGUCACGAUGAAAAUGAGGGAAGAUAACGAACGAGUGAAACAGGAAAACCAAGCGUUGAUACGAGUGAUUAGUCGAUUGUCCAGAUGAGCCUGUGUUCGCCUCACCGUCCCGUGCUGUUUCUCUCGUCCUCACUAAUAUAUGUAACAUACAUGUUAUCAUAGGUGUGCCAGAAGUGAAAGUGAAAAUGUAAUGCGUGUGAGUAUAUGGUGCGUAACAGCGUGAAAGGUUAAUCGUGUGCUGAGGCCUUCACAUCACUCUGUCCUUACAUAUAUCUGAGAGUUGAUACUGAAGUGGCUGAGACAUACCCUGUACAUAACUAGCUAGAGUGUUAAUCGUGUUGUCAGGGUUUCUGUUUGUGAGAAACUGGAACAACACAAGACCAUGUGUGUCUGCCAUUUCCGUAGAAAUCUGCUCUUUCGUGCCUUUAUAAUUAAUAAUGUAUUAAGAGCUUUUCAAGUUCGCUGUUUUUUUUUUAUAUGAUAUUGAUAUAAAAUUCAGCGAGAGAAAAGGAAAAAAACCAAAAAAAAUGAAAAAUCCUCAUGUCCUUGCUAGAUGAUUUGCGUUCGUGUUGGUUUUGUAGGUCACUGUAUUUGGAAUUGAGGUGUUGGUUUAGCUUGAUAGGCUGUCGGUGGCCAAGGGGGAUAACUGAUGGAAACACUUUUUAUCGGUUACCUCCACUUGCAAUCUGGAGAACACUUGUGUGUGUUUGUGUGUGUAAUGGCAUAAAAUCUUAAAAAAACAAAAAGUGAGAUAAAAAAUUCAUGUUGUUAAAUUUAAUAAUGUCUUGCUAUAAUCAAUCAGAUAAAUGUUGACAAAAUAAGAAAAAAGUAAAAAAUUAAAAUAUUCUUUGGUUAUCAAUGGUGAUUUUGCUGUGUGACCUUCCUUCAAUUAACUCUUACUCUGCGUGUGAUAUGUUUAUAUGCACUUGUUCAUCUUGGCCUUAUCCUACUUGUGCCUUUCACUUUGAAGGUGGAAAGAGUCGGUGUUUUGCUAUUUAACCUUUGGCUAAAGUUAAAGUACGACAGUUGAAUACUUAUCUUGAGCUGGAAUCACUGGAGCUGAGUUAUGGCCAUGCAUUUAAGCUGCAAGCCUACUCAGUGAAGUGGUCAGUUUUUGUUGGUACACAUCAACGCAGCAGAGCCUUGAUCUGAACCAAACAUGCCAUUAAUACCCUCACUGCAACUUGGUUGUUGGUUUUUACCUGUUGCUAAGUAGGAACAGUGGUGGAAACUGUUUCUCCUACGUGUGUAGAUAGGUACACUGCUGGACGUGCAGCUUAUUGCACACUGCCCUGGCUCUACCAACCCCUCAACUCUUCCAUCUGAUCUAGCAAACCAACCAGCCAAUUCAGCUAGCACGCCCCCCCCCCCUUUCCCCACUCUUCCAACUACGCCAGUUUGCCCACUGAAACUUUAGUACACAGUAUUUUUGUGCAUGAAAAGACACAUGGUGGGCAUUUUCUGCUGACUGAUCCAGAAGUUUGAGAAGUUGGAUCGAAAAAUACUUUUGUUUUGAAAACAAAAACAACGCUCUGAAUGAUCUUAUAAAAACUGCAUGAUAGCUUUCAAAACAGCACUGCAAAGCACCAGUCUGAACAAAGGAAAUUGUGGACGGCAAUAAUCCAGUGAAACAACUGCAAAACUUUCUUCAAACAAUUUAGGAAGUUUGAAGCAUUUUACAGUAGAAGACUUUGAACAAGGACCUGUUUUAUGAAUUUUCCAUAAGAAAUGGGUACAGGUAGUUUUUGUGACUUCAAUUUUAAGUCUAAUUGUGAUUUUUUUUUUUUCCUUGGGAAAUAAUUUUACUCCAUCUAUUGUCGGCAUAUUAUUAUCAUUACUUUUAUUUUGGAUUUAGACUUCAUUAGAUGAUCUGACAGCUUUAAACUAUGAACUUGUAAUAUUUGUGUUUCUUAUCUGUUAUUUUAGUUUUACAACAAGCGUGUCGUUUGGACAUUAGAAUUUAAGUUCUCCCAACAUCUGAACUAAUGUUGCAAUAUUUUGUCUUUCUUUCUUUUCUAACUGUAAUUCUGUGUUCAUGUUUUAUCCCAUUGUUUUUCAUUCUUUAAGCAAACCACACAAGCAUAAUCUGUGUAGAUAUGAUAUGGCAAUGUGUAGAUAACCACUGAGAGGUAACAACUAGUCAAGGACUUUACAUCGGUGUAAAUUAGGUUGAUUGUUUUACUUCACAUAGUGAAGUCACAUCCCAAUAUGCAUCUAUUGGGAUGAAAGAUUUGCACAUAUAGAAGUGGCUGCGGGAAAAAAAAUCAACUGUCAGAAAGAUUUUAUUGGGAGUCUUUAGGGGAGAUAUUGUUCAGGCCAAACCAGACAAAGAUAUGAUGUGUUCAUCAAGCGCUCAAUGCCAUACUAUGAUAGCAUCUUAAUGAUUAAGGGCUGUACCAUCAGCAGAGUGUUUUUUUUGAUUUGCAUGUUGGUUGACGGCUAAUCAAACCUUAAUACCAUUGUCGGUAAUUCCUGGACAUCCCUGUCCAGUAUCACUGAGCAGGGGACAGCUACAGACUGUACUUCUAACAUUAACAUGUCAUCAUACGUUUUGAGAGUGUUGUCUAAGAAUAUCAAAUCAGUGAUUGUGUUGUAAUCAGCUGCUUUGGGGGUAUGCAUGCAAGUUAAGCUUAUAGAUGUUCUUUGCCUUUCUUCCUUUGUCUUAUUUUAGUGAACGUUUUUGUUGACAAAGCUCCAUUUGUCUUGGAAGAAUGGGGUACCAGUUUGAUUUGAGGAAUUUUGAAUGCUCUCUUGAACAACGAGCCAAUUGUCCACAAAGCUAACGUUUCAUGCAUUGUGCUCCUCAAUCUUUUCACCUGUAUUGUUGAUGCUGUACUGCAUGACUUGCCACAGUUAUUUAGGUAAUACUCAAAUUUGGUGUCCAAGGUGUAUUUAGCCUGUAAAGCUCAAAAGAAGACAACCUUGGAAUAAAUAUUUUUGCAUAGAUUGGUUUCAAAAUUGGCAAUAACAAGGAAAGGAGAUUGAAGGGGUACAAAAAAUUAAUUGGCCAACCAGCAAUUCUACAAUAAUGCAUCAGUUGUUCUUUUUGGGGUCAAACUGAAUCAGGUCAUUAGAAAGAGUUCUCCAUGACCUUGAAAAUCACAUUGACCUUGAGAAUGUAACCUCCUUAGGUGACACGCUGGAUCUAAGGCCUGCUUAUUGUUAAAAUGCUGGAAAUGUGGGAGUAAUUCUGCAAAUCCACUGUGAAUGUGAUGGUUGCUGUGGUGAUUGUUUGGAAUAGGGAUCUGAUACGUAUGGUACUUGCAUUAUUUAAGAACUUUUCUUUAACCUCAAAGAAUAGUUACGAAGCAUUAUUUAUAUUUGUUACUGUACAUGCGUCAGUUUCUCAACGACACAAGUUGACAUUGCUGUGAUAGGCAAAGAAAUGAAAGAAUAUGUUAGUGAGCUGAACUUCUCUGUUUGCCUCUCUCUCAUUCUGAGGGCCUGGAGGGACUGCAAAUCUGGCCCUGCAAUUACAAAGCCCAUUUGGCAAACUUUUGCAUUUGCAUCAAUAAUCUUUACUAUGCAGAAAUCAUCUCCUAUGCUAAAAGGGUGUAAGUAACUGUUCCAAAUAAAAACUCGAUGCUGGAGGAAAGUCAAAACUCAAGUCAGGUAUUAUGGUGAUUUUAGUGCCAGAAGUUUUGGUUGUCCAGUUUUUGAUUACAUAUUGUUAAAUGUCAGCAUUGGUUUAUCCAUGGUAAAUAAUGUCCAGACAGUGUUGUUUUGUAGUGUUUUGAUUAUAAUACUGUGUCCAUUGUCAUCUGCAUUGUCCAGUCAUUAUUGCAUGUUAUCUUUCAUUGUUCUCCAUGUGCAGUCAACCUUUCAUUAUUUCUACUUCAUAAUGUGUUUAAAUCAUGAUCUUUCGGUGACGAAAGCCUGUGCAAAAGUGCAUGUGUGCUGCUUCGUGCAAUCUCCAAUCAUGUAGAAGGGUUAAAGUUGUUUCUAGUUUCUUGGCUUCGGUGUACCUUACAAGUGGGUGUCUUGCACCAGUUGCUCCUCUCUAUCUCAGACUUGGUGACCAGUGUUUGCCAGUAUUUAGAUGGUGUUCACUAAACACCAACCUUGAGGUCGGGAAAAGAGUCUCCUUAACUGACACGCUGGAGUUAAGGCUUGCAUCAUGACUGACCUGUAUGCUUACCUGAAGUUUGUACAAGCUAGUCCACAGCUUGAACCCAAAUACUGCGUUAACUCUCGUGUCAUGAUCAGAGAUUUGUGAAAGACUAAAGAUGAACCUGUUUGGUGUUGGACAGUUUUCCAAAGCAUCUUUACUGUAAUCCCCUGAUUAUAGAGAGGUGUAACAAAUCAUGACUUUUAUCAUUGACUGAUUUGAAAUUUGACAAUUAAACUACAGUCAUCCUCCAAACUUGUUGGCAUUGGGAUAUUUUGAAAGCUAAGAAAGCUGUUCAUGAGUCUUGGAGCGUUUUUUUUCCCGGCUCUUGUACAGUAAAGUUUUGCUACUUGCAUGUGAUGGAUUGAUCUCCUUCGCUCUAUCUGUGUUGAAGCGCAUCGCCAAACUUCAGCCCAAACCAGAAGGCUUUCAUGUCGAUCUUCUUCUUUUCUUUAUUUUGUCUUGUCAAUUAACAUUUUUGUUUCCCUAAACUUAACACUGAUUUUCUACGCAGAUUUACAUCAUUGUUAAUUUUUUUGUUAUGGAAGGGAUGGGGGUUUGGAGGGUAUAACUGUCACCUGAAAGCUGACCUCUUAAAACCUGCAUGGUGACUGACUGAGUAUUUGUCCUUAGGGGUAUCACUGUGUUUGCUAUUAUGGUUGACCUUCAAGCUAACAUACAGUACUUUGCUGUGGAGAGAAGCUCUUAUGGUUUUGACUGGGCGUAAGACAUUGUGAUAGAGAUGGUGAAUUGAGGCCACUGCGGUAAAGGCUGGAACAUGUCAUAAUACAUCUGGUUUUUGCCUCAAACAGUAGUUCCCGUAAUAGACUCCUUAAUGGGAAAUUAUUAAUUGGUCAUGAACAGGUCACUGUGACCCUUUAAAAAUAUGUGAAAUCUCUUUGGAACGCCUCUCUAAGUUAUCAUACAGCAUACGCUAAACAUACCCAUUGUUAUGAAACAUCAAGUGCUAAAAUGUGUCAGAAACAACAAUUAUGAAAUUGAUGUGGCUGUGCUUUUUUUUUUUUUCUUUUUUUUAAUUUUUUAUCAUUUUAUAAUGAGUCUGUCUUUGGUUUUACAUUUGUUUUCUUCUUGGCCCUUUUGAAACAAAAACUCUUGACAAGAUUUUGGCCCAUCCUUGGCAUGCAGAAGGAAUAUAUCCACUAUGUCCACAUUUCUGGUCGGCUAUUACACAGUCCAAUCUCCUAUUUCUUCAAAAUGUUUGAUGUCUGUGAUUUACCCUACGACUUAAUGGCUGAAAGGUAGACUGAUGUCCUAUUCUCUCCAGCAAAGUCUCUACACACAAAGCUUUCUACCCCUCUUUAACGACUACGUGAGGAAUGUGUAUUAAGUAGAAAAUUAUAAUAGAUGUUAUAUUAACUUAAAAUAAACGUGUAUUGUAGCAGAA